CGCCCAAAUUUUCCAUGUAAUUGAAAAAUUCAAAUCAUGCACCCACCCGCCUGCCCCUAAUACCCAUUUAAUUUAUUGAUCCUUUUUCCACUUCUUUUUUUUAUCAGUGUUAUUAUAAACUGAAACUUAAAUAAUAAAAAUGGAAAAAACGUCGGGCUCAUUGAACCCUACUUCAUCUUCUUCUCCAAUAGCAGUCGCUCUCCCGCUCGGCGCCACCUUCAUCUUCAAGUUCAAUCAUCGCUGGCUGCCUCCACUGCUAGCCGCUGCAAAACAAUCCGACCCGACGGCAGCAUUUGAAAUCCGGGGCCACCACGUCAUUCUUCCCGUUCAAUCAUCGCCGGCAGCCUCUACCGCCUCAAUCGUGCGUCUGCCGCUCCAAGAACUUGUCAUCGUCACCCCUCCCAAGUUGUGUAUUUGGAAUCAACCUUCUCAUUGUUGAUUUGGAAUCAUUGUUCUUUGUUCUUGCAAAACUUUUCAUCGUCGCCCCUCACAACUCCUCUCUACCUUUGCAAUUCUACUAACUAAGGUGGGUGGGUUUGCUAAAAAGAUAACUUUUUUACUUGGUAUCUAUUCAAUUAUGUGUAGUGUAAUUGCCUACUAUUUCGAUUUCCCCCGAGCAAAUCUAAUCCAAGAUCUAAGCAUGUGUUGUUCUUCUGCUUCUGCUUCUGUAGCUGUAAUUGCCACUUAUUUAUGUUUCCCCAUAAACAAGCAUUGGCUGAGAAGAAUCAGCGUGACCUUUAAGCUCAGAGGGAACAAGAAGAGAGACAUGUAAGUUGUCAUAAUUUCCUUGGAAAAUUUUUUUGUUGUUUAAAUUAUUUGUAGAAGCUUAUUAAAGCUAACUUUACUGGAUCCAAUUUCCUUGGAUAAUUUCCUUGGCUUUUUAUAUUGUUUGUAGAAGCUUAUUGGAGUUAGCUUUAUUGUAGGAGUUUUUAAAUCAGGCUGUUUUACAGCACUACAGUGGUUUGCUGAAUGAACCUGGCGUCUUUUUAUGGGUUGUCAUAGAAAGUCAUUAGAAUGAAUAUUAUGAAAGGUGAAGGUUGUCGCAGUAGGUAGGAAGUGUUACUCUACAUUACACCUAGGGUUUUUAUUGGUUUUCAUUGGAAUGAAUACAAUGAAAGGUGAUGGUUGUCGCACUAGUUAGGAGUUAGGACGUCUAUUGUGUUAAUCUACAUCACAGCUUAUCCCGUUGAAGCCCUGCCAUUUAGUUUGGAUCUUUUAGUCCUCUAUCCUCUAGUACCAAAAAGUAAUAUCUAGUGUUAUGCAGAUGGAAGUUGCUGACCUCCCAGCUUUAUCAUUUCCAUUCGUGUGAUAGUUCUCAAUCGAAGAACUGAGAUUCUCGUGCCAUGUUUAUGUUACUUUAUGUGGUCUACGACUGAUAAAGAUGAUGUGUUGUGGGAGUGGUUUUGCACUGCGGUCAUCUGAUGUUGUUUACUCUUGUUCCUUCUUUUCCAGAAAAUUGGUAAAACUCUUGAUUUCGAGAUCAAGCAAUGGGCUGCUGGGGAAGAAGGGAAUCUGCGUGCUCUACUAUCAACAUUGCAAUAUGUAUGGUUUCUAGUGUUUUAUCCAAGCUUUUGUUCUUCAUCCGUAGUAACUCAUCCAAUUCAUGUUGUUUUUGUGCUCGAUAUUUUCUGCCUAAUAAAAAACUCGUUUUUGUAUCUAUCAGGUAUUGUGGCUUGAAUGUGGUUGGCAGCCGGUUUCCUUGACCGAUCUGAUUACUGCUAAGGCGGUUAAAAAAGUAUACAGGAAAGCAACUUUAUGCAUUCACCCUAUAAAGUGCAACAGAAAGGUGCCAACCUUCAACAAAAGUACGUCGCGGAGAAGGUCUUUGACUUACUAAAGGUACAUAUAUGGUUACACUUGAGGUAAAAUGUGAACAGUUGGUGUUCGUUCUUUUUCACCCAACAAAGUAACUUAAUAAUUCCCUAUGAUUCAUGUUGUGCAAUAAAGGAAGCAUGGAACAAGUUCAAUUCGGAGGAGCUAUUUUAAAAUCUUGUUGCUACUCGACACAACUUCAUAUUGGGGUAUUACACUAGUCUUGUUCGCUCACAAAUCUUGUCCGUUCGACCAGAGCUUCGUUGUUCUCAUGAGAAGUCCAAGAGGAUCGAGCUCAUCACCGUAUCAUCAUUGACUUGAGGAGCCAGUCAUUAGAUUAUUUAGAAGGUCCUGAAGAAAAAAGUGAAGUAUGGACCAAAGGAGAACCCAAGAUCCGCAAAGGAGUUAGAAUGUUUUGUGUCAUAGUGGACAACUUAGAAUGUUUGGUUAUGAUGAACAAGGAGUUAGACUGCCAUGGAAAUGGUUGUAAUGUUUUGGAUCUUUGAUAAUCUUUCCAUUAUCAGGUUGUAAUGCAGCAAACAAUUUUGAAUUAUGAAAUUUUUGAAGCAGGUUGCCUAACAAAUUGUUCUCUUGUCA